GUCCGUCCCUGGGCUGGACAGGAAACGACGGAGACGCGCAGCGUGUCUCCCCAGCAGCUGCGGGAGUGAAGAAUGGGAAUGGGAGCAGAUUUGUGGAUCGCAGGCGAGGCAGCGCGUGGAAACAUGAGGACCGCGGACAGUUUAGAGAUACAUUCCCGUUUCUAAGUCGUUAUUUAUACACAUUAUCUGUUUCCUCCCGCCGAGGGCAGGGAUAUUAAUUAAUCUUGGACAACACAGAAGGAAAAAGGAGAGCCCUCUUUGUGAUUCCCGUUUCACUGGGAUAAAAGCCCAGCCGCGGAGUGGAGUGGUGGUCUGACCUUUACCCUCAGUAGGAAGAAAGGGAAAAACCACUUCAGAGAUGGAUCAGGUGUCGGACGACGAGCUGGACCACGGGGCGGAGGAGGACAGCGACAAGGAGGACCAGGACCUGGACAAGAUGUUUGGGGCCUGGCUGGGCGAGCUGGACAAGCUGACGCAGAGUCUGGAUGAUGGAAAGCCACAGAAAGCACUGCAGAAGCCACCGCUCCGACAGGAGACCAACAUGGCCAACUUCUCCUACCGCUUCUCUGUGUACAACAUAAAUGAGGCUCUCAAUCAAGGCGACGCCGUCGACCUGGACGCCCUCAUGGCCGACCUUUGCUCCAUCGAGCAGGAGCUCAGCACCAUCUCCAAACCCAACUCGACGUCCCGCAGCCAGAGCAAAGGACAGCAGAGGGGCCCCGGAGGCCGCAGCGCCAGCACCAAGCACACUGGCACCAGUGGAGGGGGGAGCAGUGGAGGAAGUACCAGCAGCAGUGCCAGAGCAUCGCCAGCCAACACGGUCCGGGGCGGCAGCGUCAACUCCCGGCCCGCAGCCUCCAACAUCUCCCUGGACGACAUCACCUCUCAGCUGGAGAAGGCUUCCCUCAGCAUGGACGAAGCGGCACGUCAGACCUCUUCUUCUUCGUCGUCUUCCUCCUCUUCGGUUUCCUCCACAGCUUUGCGCCGUCCCUCCUCCGGUUCGUCCGGCGGCGGGCAGCACCGCCGGACCGGCUCGGUGGGCGCAAUCAGCGAGCGGGAAGCCCAGUCGCAGCGGUCGAGCGUUAACUCGGCGUGCGCCUCGGCCUCCAGCAUGGACUCCCUGGACACGGAUAAAGGGACGACGGGAGGGGAGGCUGACGAGCGGGGCAGUCCCAGCUCGCAGGGACAGAACCAGGCCAGCACAGAGCAUGUCACACUGCGACGGGCCCACAGUAGGCCGGCCAGACGGCAGCUUGACUUCACCUCACGUGAGGGCGAAGUGGACCGGGCCACUCAUUCCUAUCUGGACCGAGAAACCUCACUCAUUCUGAAAAGCAUAGCUGGGAAGCCCUCUCACCUCCUGACCAAGGAGGAGCAAGCUGCCAAGAUCAAGGCAGAGAAGAUCCGCGUCGCUCUGGAGAAAAUCAAGGAGGCACAGGUCAAAAAGCUGGUGAUAAGAGUCCACAUGUCAGACGAGAGCUCCAAGACCAUGAUGGUGGACGAGCGGCAGUCAGUCAGACAGGUGCUGGACAGCCUGCUGGAUAAGUCCCACUGUGGCUACAGUCCUGACUGGUCUCUUGUGGAAACCAUCACUGAGCUGCAGAUGGAACGCAUAUUUGAGGAUCAUGAGAACUUGGUGGAGAACCUGUUAAACUGGACCCGAGACAGCCACAACAAGCUCAUGUUCAUCGAGCGCAUCGAGAAGUACGCUCUCUUCAAGAACCCCCAGAACUAUUUAUUGGGGCGGAAGGAGACAUCAGAGAUGGCUGACAGGAAUAAAGAGGCUCUACUAGAGGAGUGUUUCUGCGGUGGAUCGGUGUCUGUGCCAGAGAUCGAAGGAAUUCUGUGGCUCAAGGAAGAUGGAAAGAAGUCAUGGAAGAAGCGUUACUUCCUCCUCAGGGCUUCAGGGAUCUAUUAUGUCCCAAAAGGCAAAGCUAAGGCGUCCAGAGAUCUUGUGUGCUUCCUGCAGUUGGACCAUGUUAACGUGUAUUACGGUCAGGACUACCGCAGCAAAUACAAGGCUCCUACUGAUUACUGCCUGGCCCUGAAGCAUCCCCAGAUCCAGAAGAAGUCCCAGUACAUAAAGUACCUGUGCUGUGACGAUGUCCGGACCCUGCACCAGUGGGUGAACGGCAUUCGCAUCGCCAAGUAUGGCAAGCAGUUAUACGUGAACUACCAGGAAGCCAUGAAGAGGACAGAGGCAGCCUAUGAUUGGUCGUCUCUGUCAACCUCCAGCAUUCGAUCAGGAUCCAGUUCUGCCAGCAUACCUGAGUCCCAGUCCAAUCAUUCAGGUCAUUCAGACAGUGGAGUGGAUACAGCUUCCUCUCAUGGCCGGUCCCAGAGUGUGGUGAGCUCCAUUUUCUCCGAAGCCUGGAAGAGGGGAACCCAGAUGGAGGAGAACUCAAAGAUGAGGAUGGAGGCAUCGCGUGGAUCAACGCAUUCUUCCCACAGCCACCGACAUCACAGCCAGCAUUCUGUGGACCAUCCGAUCCUCACCCCCCCUCCACAGCAGCAGCCUCCGCCAUCAUCAGUGCCACAACCAGCACCGACCCAGCCACAACGUCAGCCUCCAUCUCCUCCAUCUCCUCCCCAGAUGCUGCCACCCCCGCCCCCAGAGGCCCCACAGGCGCCGCCUCAGACACCCAGGUCUCCAGAGCCGCAGCCCAGCAGCAGCUACAACCACAUGCCCCCGCAGCAGGAGCCAACCGCUGCCCCCAGUCCACCGCCCCCGCCUCCGCCGCCCCCGCCUCCUCCCCCUCCCCCGCUCCCUCCGGUCCAAAUGAUGUUGCACCACUCGCUGGCCCCCACCAUGUACAAGUACAGCACCAUCACCCGGCUGCAGAACCAGAAGGCCUCCCACAAGUUGCCUGCUCACCUCCAUGCAACAGCGCAGCAGGUUCUGCCUCCGCCCCCGACGCUCCCUGUCAUCAAGCCCAAUGUGAAUCACAUCGCUGCGAGGACCAAUGUACCGCCUCCUCCGCCCCCGCCUCCUCCUCCUCCAUCCAUGCCGACUCCAGGGUCCGCUAUGGCUGUUUUGAGGUUUGGCCCUCCCAGCCCGGCGGCCCCUCCUUCCUUCAUCCCGCAGCCUCCUGCUCCACACACCAGCAGUUUAGCGUUUCCUCCUCCGCCCCCGCCUCCACCUCCCGCUCCAGCCCCCCUGGCCCAGACGGUUUACGCCAACGGGCUGAAGCAGGCUCUGAAGGAGCGCUUUCCCAGUCCACCGCGAGAACUCCUGACUCAGAACGGAGAUCUUGAGGACUCCCCUCCGCCCGCUCCAGCACCACCCCCACCUCCUCCGCCGCCUCCUCCACCUCCGCCGCCUCCCCCUCCUCCACCCCAGCAGUUCCCAAUACCAGCGCAGUUUCCGCCCCCGCCUGGACCCCCGCCGCCAGCGCCACCCAAAUCCUUCGCCCCUGGCUUUUUACCUCACACCGCACCCAAGCCCAUGUCCCCCGUCUCCCCGUUCCCUCCUGCUCCACCUGCCGCUGCGCCGACUCCACCCCCGCCGCCCCCACCUCCACCACCCCCUCCUGCGCCCACUCAGCUGAAGAAGCAGCUCAGCCUCCAGGCGGGACACACGUCCGGCCAUCCUCCACCUACGCUGCCCAAGCAGCACAGCCUGUCUAAAGCCACAGGAGCCACACCUGCCAUGUCUCUGGUGAAGCAGCUGGCGAGUCAGUUUCCAGGAGCUUCCUCCCACGUCGUUAACCACGCCGAGCACCCGAAGGCCCCCCUGUCCCCUCCUGCUGUAAAGACUAAACCAAAAUGGCAGCCGGUUGGUAACCAGCACCUCCAGUCUCCAGAGUUCCCCCCUCCUCCAGCAGAGAGCAACAACGGCUUCCCUGCACCGCCUCCACCCCCACCACCUCCCCCAGCACCCAUGGCUGGCCCAACGCCGCCUCCCCCAGCACCCAUGGCUGGCCCAACGCUGCCUCCCCCACCACCCAUGGCUGGCCCAACGCCGCCUCCUCCUCCACUUCCUUCAGGAAAUAUGGACUUUCCAGUUAGGAGCUCUCCCUCUGGCCCCUCCAGCUUUGGCGGUAAGAAGCCCCCUCCAACCCCUCAUAGGAACUCCAGCGUUAAGUCCAACUCAUCCACCUUCUACGAGGAAUCCAGGAAGAACUUGCUCAGCAAGUUUGCUCCCCAGAGCAAUACCACCCCAUCUACGCCUUGUCCCAGCUCCUCCUCCAAUGGAUCUCCUUCCAAGGACCCCUCAAAUGGGCCGCCUGCUCCCCCCAAACCUGGAAAGCUCAACCUAUCUAACUUGCCCUUGGCACUGCAGGCCAAAGUGAGCCAGGCUAAACAGGCCGGUGGUGACUUUCCUUCUCCUCCACCCGAGUGCGCCUACUUUCCACCUCCUCCCCCAGUCUCCGAGCUCUUCCCUCCUCCUCCUCCACCUCCGAGCAACGACACGCAAAGCGGCGGUGUACCAAGGGUAGCCGUGGUAAACCCACAACCCCAAGCUCCCCCUCCGCCACCGCCCGUCUCCCUCGUUAGCAACUCAAUAUGGGCGAAGAACUCCCUAAAAAAGACUCCUCCUCCCACCCUAGGGCGGCGCAGCAACACCACCCCAGAACCCCCGCCAAAGUCGCCACCUCCGCCCACAUCCCCAAAGGGUAGCUCAGGUCAGCCGAACUUCCUGGCGGAUCUCAGCCAGACGUUAAAACGCAAAUCGGUGGGUCGCCAGGGUCCGGGCCUGCCCGGCAAGCCGGACCCGGCGGGGACCAUGGACGACAUGGCGCUGCCUCCGCCGCCCCCGGAGCUGCUCCUGGACCAGGGGAAGCAGAGCAACGGAGGAAACGGCGGCUACGCGUCCGGAAACAUCUCAGGCUAUGCAACGCUGCGGAGAGGACCGCCACCUGCACCGCCCAAACGCGGGGAUGCGACCAAACUCACCGGAUAACGUUGAACUCUGAGAGCAGAAUCCGAUGCAGCCGGCUGAACAGACAUUAUUAGCUACAUGGAUAUGAAACUCUCUUGUGGUCAUUGGUGACCUUGUAUAUACGAAAAGCCAAAUCCGACCACCAAAUCCAAACAGUGCUUUUUUUCUUUUUUUUAACGCGAGGUAUUGUAAACCUUCCGGAUUUACAAUACUGAGACUGUUAAGACUGGAACAGGUAGGUAUGAAGGAUCCAUGUCUGAGCCAAAUCUUUCCUUUUUUUAUUAUUUUUUUCUUUUGCUAUAAAGCUAUGCCACGUACAAGAUAGAAAAAAAAUAAAUCUGAACCACAUGAGGAUGUUUCUGCUUUGAUUACUGCAUGAACCACAUGUGAUAACAGGCUAUAAAAGGUGAAGAUGUCCCAGGUCGUGUGUGUGUGUGUGUGUGUGUGUGUGUGUGUGUGUGUGUGUGUGUGUGUGUGUGUGUGUGUGUGUGAGGGACAAACAUGCAUCAUCUGCAUGCAUGGUUACAUAUGAUGGUGAAGAAGACCAUUAAAGGAGGGCUAUCAUGGAACGUGAUGGUUUGGUUUUAUUUUGUAUGUAAUAAUUUAAAGACUGAUGAAUUUAGAGUGGUUGUUUUUUUGUUUUUUAUAAAGGUUUUGUCAGAAUAAUGUUUGGUAACAAUACAAAUUUACACACGUGAAGGAAAAGAUUCUGCUAUACAGGUGAAUCUCAGUAAACUUGGAAUAUCCCUCAAAACUUCCCCGUUUCAUAAAAAUCAAGUCAAGAUAUAAAA